AUUCCUACUUAACUGCAAGCUACAGAAGUGGCAGUUUUGUGAUUAUUUAAUUUUUUUGGUUCACCAUUCCAAAAACCGGGGUGGUAUGCCUGUGGGCACGUGACCAACCGUUAAAUUCAAAGAUAUGUCAUUCCAAAACAGUUCAAUUGACCCCAAAAAAUUUAAGUUUUUGGCUCUUCUUCACACAGUUCAAUCGGCAUUAAACGCGUGCCUGCAGCACCACCGUAGUUUUAUGCAACGUUAUUUAAGAUUGCUGAGGUUACGUUUUUUAUGGUUACGAUGCAUGAUACUUCAGUUUCGGGUGCAACUUCUGAUUCAUCAAAUGCGGGAGGAUUAAAAAACUCCCGCCAUUUCAUUACUCCUGGUGUCUCUAAACCGAUCUUUGAGGCAAUCAAAAAGAAGUCAAUCCCGGCGCGAGAGCGCCUCUGCGUCCUCUUACUUGACGAAAUUGACUUAGCCCCCCAUUUGGAUUACCUGCCGAAAGAAGACUACAUUAUCGGUUUUGAAGACACCGGGUGGUCACGCAACCAACUAGUUGCAGACACCGCCCUUGUCUUCAUGCUACGCAGCAUUUACGGCAACUGGAAACAACCAGUAGCUUUCGCGUUCCAUGACUACCCCCUAAACCAAAAAACACAAAUCAGGUUCAUUAAAGAAAUCGCCAAAGAAGCGAAACAAGCCGGCUUGAACUUAAUAGCCCUCGUGUGCACACACUGCGACCACAAUGUCAAAGCAAUCGAUUGUCUUCUCGAAGAGUCCAAAUCUGCACACACCAUUGACUUGGACGGCCACCAAGUGGUGCCGCUUCUAGACCCCGGCUCUCUACUACUAGUCACUCGAAAUUUAUUCUGCGAGAAUAAUCUACAGUUUGUAAAAGACGGUAUUUCCAAACUGGCACAGUGGCAACACCUAGUGCAAGCCCACAAAAUCGACAGCGAACGCAGCAAUUACCUUGCCAAAAUCACCAAAAGCCACUUGCUUCCCGAAUCCAUGAACUUAACAAAAUGCGUGCAAACCCUAAGUGGCACUUUCGCCGGCUUUUUAAACACAAUAGCCGGGAAAACUAGUCUUCCGGUAGAAGCCACCCAAACCGCAGACUUACUUUUCUUCCUAGACAAAGUUUUGGAUAGUUUGAACGGCACCAUGGAACAAGACAUCCACAAGCCGCUCCGAGGGCCCAUAACUGAAUUGUCCCCUCAUUCGAAAUUCUGGUCAGAAGCCAGGGAAGUGUUCAAACAGAUGACACUGCCAGGCGGUGACCGCGGUAAUUCCUUUGCCAAGUGGGUGCGCACUUUUGACGCUUUCGAAGUGAUUAAGGAGAAAAUUCUGGGCUUGGGGUACGACUCAUUCCCGGCCAGAUCGUUCAAUUUGGAACCGUUACAAAACUGCUUUGAUUUGUUGAGCGAACAAGCGGGCUCUACUGGGUGUGAGAAUCGCCUAACUUGCAAAAAGUUCAGCGUUUUUUACAAUUUGGCCCUGAGGUCGAAGGAUAUGGCGAGUCGGCGUGCUACUGAGCCGAAGUGUGAACCCGAUGGCUUGAAUUUUUUGCUAACCGUUGAAGAUUUGUCUUAAGCUUAUUAUUAGUGUUUUAAAGUGUUCCUCAAUGAUUUGUUUUGCGUUUGAAAUAAAUAAAAUUAAGCAAUA